GUAGCCACCCCCGGGGUGUGUUCUCCCGCUCUCGCGAGGGACGCGCUCUUUCUCUUUCCUGCGCACGCCGACAGGAUGCCUUCCCGACUAAGGAAGACUCGGAAGCUGAGAGGACACGUUAGCCACGGCCAUGGCCGAGUUGGCAAACACAGGAAGCAUCCUGGUGGGCGUGGUAAUGCUGGUGGUAUGCACCAUCACAGGAUUAACUUUGAUAAAUAUCACCCUGGAUACUUUGGAAAAGUAGGCAUGAGACACUAUCACUUGAAGAGGAACCAAAAGUUCUGUCCAACUGUCAAUUUGGAUAAGCUGUGGACACUUGUCAGUGAACAGACUCGACUCAAUUACGCAAAAAACGAGGCUGGCCUGGCCCCAGUCAUUGAUGUUGUGCGCUCAGGCUACUACAAAGUCCUGGGCAAGGGGAAGCUGCCCAAGCAACCUGUAAUUGUGAAAGCAAAGUUCUUCAGUAGAAGAGCAGAGGAGAAGAUCAAAGAAGUUGGUGGUGCCUGUGUGCUUGUGGCAUAAAAAAAAGCGCCUUUGUUUUGUUCGAAUUUUUUGAAUAAAGGCAUUGUGU